AUGAUGUACGGCCAACCACCCCAGUCCGACUCUUCACAGCCAGAAUGGCGACUCUCCCCACGCCCCGCCAGGAAUGAUGCGCCUUUACCUCCACCACCUCCACGUCCAACUAGCGCAGUCUAUACGCCAGCUACUUAUGGCCCGAUCUCAGGUUCGAACACGGUAUCGCCAAUAACUCCUCAUUCUGGAUCAGGCAACGACCCAAGGACGUGGGGGGUGCGAUAUAAUAACCAACAUCCGCACAUCCACCCAAUCCAUGCCCCGCCUCCACUUCCGCCUCGACCAUCGAGUACAAACGAACAACCCUAUGCCUAUACUUAUGCCCAACCAUUCACUCUGUCACCACCACCCGCGCCUGCGCCCGCUUCAGCUCCAGCUCCAGUACCAGCUCCAGCUCCGGUCAUCAACACCCACUCCACGCCUACAGCACAUGGUUACGAAUCUUUUGGAGAUGCCCAGCCCCCAUCGACAAUUAGCACCAUCCCGCCACCAUAUACACCUUCACAUGGAGCCUCUGCCCCUGUUGUUCCGGCCCCGCCCCCAAAAAUUCCUCAGGGGUAUCAGUAUGCACCAGUUCAUCCACAUAACCCAACAGGGCAGCCCCCAUUGCUUGCCCAGGGUGUGGAUCCUGCUGCCAUGCAAAGUUCUUACGAAUUUCGGCCCCAAAGGAUGAUAAGUAUAGCUCCUCAAACAGGCUCAUCGGCUUUGGGGCCAGGCACCCCAUCUGAUUGGGAACACCUUGGUCCAACCCCCGGCGAUUUUGACGAUUCGGCAUGGUUCCCACCCAGACAACCGGAACCGAUCCCACAAGAGGUGAUUCAAACUCCUCCGGGCUAUUCGUCCGGUAUACCUACUCCCGGCCCUACUCCUGCACCUGCGGCCGAUCGGGAGAGUCAUGCCACUGGCUCGCUCCCACAUGUAGAUACCAAUUAUCAGUACCAGCAUCGGUACCAGCAUCAGGCUGCCCCACCUGCGGAAUAUCAAUUUGAUCACGCGCGCCGACAUGACUCGGUUUCGCCGAUUAGUCCUAUGACUAUGCUGGGUGCUCAGAGUCCCCCACAUCCUCCAGCCCGAAUGGGCAGUACCAGCUCAGGCGCAUCCAUGAGAAGCCAUGCCGACAGUAUCGACAAUGUCAUCGAUGCAUGGGUGAAGCCUUUAGCGCCUACUCCUCGGGCAAGCUCAUCUAGCCAGGCCGAUGCGCCAUCUCAUUCGGGUCCCGCAAUGGAUACCUCCCAGGAGGCUCUUCAGGAGGCCUUUCAGAGUAAUUUGAACACACCCGUCGAAGCCCCGCCACCUCUUCGGAAUACCCAGCCUCCGGUCCAAGACCAAACAGCAAGUCCACAUGCAAUGACCCCGGCGGAACCUCAAGGGGCCCUUCCAGCAGCCAGGGCUGUAGAUCCGUAUGAGGACCUUGAUCCGUGGUUCAAGUCCUCUCUCACGCGUUAUGUCGCUACUCUACGCAAAGAGGCAGUUGCUGACUCGGAUGAUGAGCGCCAUAAGAUAUUCACGGCGUUCAUGGCGAAGGAAACCAAGCUCCGCGAGAUCCUCUACAAUAUUGAACCAGAGCCACAACAGUUCGAGCCAUCCCCCCCGUGUCUCCGCGCCAUCACGGCGAUUGUCAUCACUCUCAGAGGACCGUACUUCGACCUAUGA